GUCUUUUUUGUCUUUGCUAUGUUGCUGUUGCUAUGCCAUUGAUUACAAAGAUACCUGAAGGUCUCCCAUGUCUAUCUUCCUCCCUAGUCCCUUAACAAGUGCAUCUGACUCCUGUCUCAGUCAUUGCCGUGGCGCAGGAACCACCUUUUCGUUUCCUUUUUGUUAUUUAUUUAUUUUCCUCCUCCUUUUCAACUCUCUUCUCUAAGCCGCGGUUUCCGUCUCUCUCCUGAGUGUGUGUGAUUGUGAGAGAGAUACCGGUUAACGUCUCAGGUUUCUGUUGUUUGGUACGUUUACUUACAUCUUUGGGGUUUGUUGCAAUUGGCGUUUCCCGUUUGUAGGGGGAAUGAGCGGUGCCUUUAGUCUAUUUGAGUCAUGGCAUAUCCCUUGUACCAGAUUUCUUUCAAGAACCUUCCAGUUUUCAAGAGGCUCCUACGAUAUGCAGAGGCCUAUCAAGCGUCAGGCCUUGUGCUUCUGUAGAAACAUGCAGACUGUAACUUGUGAGAUCGUCGAUGCAAGCUAUGUACCCGCUCCCCAAAAUAAACCCAAGGAUAAACGAUCACCACAAGUGGAAACUAUUGGUGCAUUUCAAAAGCUGCCCAUGGUGAUGCCAUCAGUUGAUAUUUUCCAUUCUGCGAUGAGGAAGGCAAAGAGGGUCUUACCUACAAAAGGGAUUGCCAACAUUGCAAGGAGAGAAAGAAACAGAGGUGCAAAGCAACUUGAUGCACUGAUGAAAGAAUUAGCAGUUCCAUUAAGAGGGUACAUAGAAAACUUCCCCAAAAGAAUGUACUUGCAUCCUUAUGAACGGUCUCUUAUUGAGUUGACACUUGGGGAUGGAAAUUAUGAAGAGGUCUUGAGAAAGGUAGAUGCUCUAAGGAAGAAGGUUGUAUCUGUUGGAAAGGAACAUGCUUCUCUCUGUGCCAAGUCUUUAUCGAAAAGGGAAGCAGAGGAACGACUGACUGAGGGUUUGGAGAAACUUCAAGAAAUCUUCAAACGUGAAGGGCAGGCUGUUGAUAACUUAUUGUACAUUGCCAAGACUUUGCGGGCCAUGCCAGUUGUGGAUCUAGAAAUGCCAACUUUGUGUCUUGUUGGAGCGCCAAAUGUGGGGAAGUCAUCAUUGGUUCGUAUGCUCUCAACAGGAAAGCCUGAGGUGUGCAACUAUCCUUUUACAACAAGAGGAAUUCUGAUGGGUCAUAUUACUAUAAACUACCAGCAUUUUCAGGUGACUGACACCCCUGGGCUGUUGAAGAGAUGUGAUGUUCUUUUGCACUCCCUCACCCCCAUUGCAGAAGACAGGAAUAAUUUGGAAAAGUUAACACUUGCUGUGCUCUCGCAUUUGCCAACAGCAAUUCUUUAUGUUCAUGAUCUAUCAGGAGAGUGUGGAAUGUCUCCGUCUGAUCAGUUCGUGAUAUACAAAGAGAUUAGGGAAAGGUUUGACAAUCAUCUGUGGCUUGAUGUUGUCUCAAAAUGCGAUCUUCUGCAAGAAUCUUCUGUGGUCUUCAUCACAGAAGAUGGAGAAACCAAUCAUCUUGAAUUGGCGAAGUAUUUGAAAAUAGGCCCCAAAGGUGCGAUACAUGUAUCAGUAAAAAGUGAAGAGGGACUCAAUGAGCUGACAAAUAAUGUGCAUGAGGUAUUGAUGGCUCAGAUGGGCAGGAUCAGAAGUUCAAAGAUCCCAGAAAACAUUGAAGUUGCUUAGAUAGAGGGUUACUUCUAUCUCCACCAAUGUCCUGCUUAUGUUGAGCUUUUGUAAUCUGAUUCUGAUGGUAUAUGGGUGGUUACUUGCUCAACUUGAAGAAAGCAAAAUGAGCUGGAUGGUCAAUGUGUUAAAAGAAUUCUAAGUCAAAUUGGCGUUUUCCUUGAGUU